AUGUAUGAAAUUCCAGCUGGUAAUAAUAACUGUCCGGUUGAUAAAACACGCCGGAAUUGGUGUCCUUCAUGCCGAUUGCGCAAAUGCUUUCAAAUGCAAAUGAACCGGAAUGCCGUACAGAAAGAACGUGGUCCACGUGGAGAUAAACGAUUAAAAUUGUUGAAGGAGUAUUCAUUUAUUGGGAAAAAAGAACAAAUAUUGGCCGAAGCAAUUCGACGUCCACUCGAUACGGUUUUGAUGAGUUUUGUCUCUCCGGCGGAUAGAUUUGUAAUUCUGUCUCGUUACUGGCCAGCAUUCUUCAUAUUUCAUUGUACUAUUACUGUAGAACUACCACCUCUUCGUGAUUUAAAGUUAAAUGAAGUGAUACAAUCAGCAAGACGAGAUGACUAUAUCAGUAAUUUAGACAGUGAAGAGAUACGGUUAACAAUCUGUUACGCUCUUUGCAGACUGGGUCGGAAGAAUGGAGAGUUAAGUUUUGCUUCUAGUCUGGAUAGUAUUUAUCGAUAUUGGUUAUCACGUCAUUGCUCCAUCUUUUAUCCGCAUUUGUCAAAUCGAGACGAGCGUAUCGUCAAUUAUGCAGAAUUCAUAUUGCUCUAUUGUGAGCAUAUCUCAGUGGUUGACGAGUUCACGCCACCCACACAUCCAGCAGAUCUUAUUCGAACUCUUCUAGACAUUAAUGAAUCGACCUGACUACACUGUGUCACAAAAUGUAAAAGAUGUACUGCAGUUGUGUAAAAAGUUGGAAAGG